AGAAACUCGCGCUGGAGAUCAUGGCGGGAACCGAGGCUGGGGACGCGGCGGGAGCCGAGGCCCCACAGCCUCAGAAGCGCUACUAUCGGCAGCGGGCUCACUCCAACCCCAUGGCGGAUCAUACGCUGCGCUACCCUGUGAAACCAGAGGACAUGGACUGGUCUGAGCUAUACCCAGAGUUCUUCGCUCCACCGCCUCAAAAUCAGAGCCACGACGACCCAAAGGAUGAGAAAGAAAAGGGAGCUCAGGCCCAAGUGGAGUUUGCAGACAUAGGCUGUGGCUACGGCGGCCUGUUAGUGGAACUGUCACCGCUGUUCCCAGACACGCUGAUUCUGGGUCUGGAGAUCCGGGUGAAAGUCUCAGACUAUGUACAAGACCGGAUCCGGGCCCUGCGAGCCGCUCCUGGAGGUGGUUUCCAGAACAUCGCCUGUCUCCGCAGCAAUGCCAUGAAGCACCUUCCUAACUUCUUCCGCAAGGGCCAGCUGGCAAAGAUGUUCUUCCUCUUCCCUGACCCACAUUUCAAGCGGACGAAGCACAAGUGGCGAAUCAUCAGCCCCACACUGCUGGCAGAAUAUGCCUACGUGCUGAGAGUUGGGGGACUCGUGUACACCAUAACCGACGUGCCGGAGCUGCAUGAGUGGAUGUGCACCCACUUUGAAGGCCACCCCUUGUUCCAGCGUGUGCCUCUGGAGGAGCUGAGUGAAGACCCCAUUGUGGGACAUCUGGGCACCUCAACCGAGGAGGGAAAGAAAGUUCUACGCAAUGGAGGAAAGAACUUCCCAGCCAUCUUCCGAAGAAUACAGGAUCCCUCCCUCCAGGCAGUGACUCCCACUCCUACCCCUCCUGGUCACUGACUUUGCCUUGGUCUUAGCGGAGCCCCAUGUUUGGGGGGCUGGAAAGGAGAUCAGGCCCUUGGACCUUCCCAGCUGAGCCUGCUACGCAGAGAGCAGGCAGCAGUCUCUCAAGUUGAAGAGCUGCCCAGGGCAGGACCCUGGGGUUCAGGACUGCCCCAGACCCCUCUCACCAUCGUGCGCUUCCAGGGGCAGCAGAAAGCCAAAGCAGCUGACUGGGAAGGUCAGAAGACCUUGGGCCAGAAGGGAUCCUUGGAAAGGAGUGGGGCUUGCUCUUCCUUAGUGCUCCCUUCUCCUAGGCGCUCUCCUUCUCAGCUGCAGCGAGGAAUGCAGUUCUCCACGGUCCAUCUAAACUGCCUGCUAGAGUCAAAUCACCUGCCCGCUCACGUUUGCUUUACAGUUCUGAGGCUAACAUGUAUAUGUGUGCGCAUACACAUGCUGCUGUUUUUGA